UCGAACCCGGGUGGCGGAAGUUACAGCCGCAACCCCUUUACCACCAGAGCUGACUCGUUAUUUCACAGGCUCCUAGCUCGUUGAAUCAUGGUGCGCUUCUACCCUGCUACUCAUCUCCCCCAUUCUAGCGGAAGGAUUUUACGCUAUUAACAACCCAUUUCAGACAAACGGGCCAAAAUGGUUCAGCGAAAUCAAAUGGCUUGAUUUUGACAUGUACCUGAGGAUGGACUUGCCGGGGGUCGGAUCAGAUCCAGAUGUCGUUGAUAUUUCCGUUGACGACUCAAAGAAAGGUGUGACUAUCAAAGCCUUGGCGCCAUGUCUCAACAUAAAUGACUCCUUCCCCCGCAGCUACUAUACCUACAUCGGUCUCGGUUGCCAUUGCUGCGAGAUAUCUAGCGUCGACAACCCUCAAGUAACCGACGGGGUUCUCAGGCAAAUCCUCUCCACGACCCCAAUCAAAGGCGACGACGGGGCUCCAGGCUCUCCCCCAGAAGAAAUCCACAGCCUCCUUUUCCUUGGCACGGAUCCCUAUGACCCGGAGUCAACGGGCAAGAUACUGCAACCACACCCAGGCUUGAGCGAAGGACCGGCUAGUGCUUAUGAGUACAAACAGCUCCUAGACGGCAGCGUAUACGUUCGUUUAGACAUGCCUGGCGUUUCCGACGUUGACAUCAAUGUGGACUUCGUGAAUUAUAGACUGAUUGUGGUUGGUGACGCUCCUACCGUUAGCCACGACUCAGGUGGUCUGUCGUAUUCUGCUGUCGCGGCUCAGUUCGGCUAUAAUAUUCAUGUUCGUUUGAUAAACGCUGAGAUCAGCGGCAGCGGAAAACAAUAAAGCUACAACGAAAACAAAUUUAAUGGUGCUGAAACUAAAAGCAAUCGCCGCUGGACUAUCGGAGUUAAGAAAAUAGAGAUGUAACUGCCGCAGAAAUUUUCCGCGUCAGAUUUGCUGGCUUCAACUUACCGCAGCGACUGAAUAAACAAUUCGGUGUUGACUAACCUGUGUUGUAUUCGCGGAGUUUAUAGUGCAAUUUCGAAUCGCCACCGCUUGCCGCCGCGUUUUGUAAACGAACAGGGCUAAUAUCUUUCCAAUUAACCCUCCUAGGGUGGAGCACAACGUCGAUAACGGUGUGGUUCGCCUC